GCGGGGGGACACGUUUUGCCCUCACCCCUCCCUCAGAACCGAAGCCUCUUUCAAGCAGGGCGGCCACAACGUUCCCCGCCCGGCUACCGGCGCCGGGACAACGGUGUCCGGGGGGCGAGCAGGGAGCAGGGCACGGGCGCCAUCGCCCCACAGCCUCCUCCUGCUGCUGCUCCCGCUCCCGCUCCCGCCUCCGCGCCCUGGCCGCCGCCCGCCGCUAUGGCCGGCGCCGGCCCCGGCCCCGGUCCUGGUCCCGGCACCAUCGCGUGAUGGAGCCCUACGGCUCGGCCGCCGGUUCCGAGAGGAGGUCGUCGGCUUCCGAAAGCGAGGACGAGAUUGAGUUUGUUGGAGAAGGACCCUUAAGACCUGUACUUGAAUGCAUCGAUCUGGUCAGUAGUGAAGAUGAAGAACCCAACAGCAGUUCUUACGAUCAUAGAAAUGCUAGGCGUAAAGAUCACAUUGACUAUCAGAAAGAACGAGUUGCAUCAACACUGGAUCGUCUGGCACGCCACGUUGAAGUAGAGAAACAGCAAAAGGAAGAGAAAAACAAAGCCUUUAAGGAGAAAGUUGAUUCCCAGUAUGCUCACGGGUUGCAGGAACUAGAAUUUAUUCGGGAACACAGUGACACAGAAGCCGCAAGAUUAUGCGUGGACCAGUGGUUAAAAAUGCCAGGUCUCAAACCAGGCACUGUUAACAGUGGAAGAAGGGGUGCUUAUCAGAGGGGAAGUCAGACACAAGUCAACAGCAGUCCCAUUUCUUGUCCUGUGAUGCGUUGCAACAGAAAUUUUGAUAAUGGGCAUCUUCUCCUAGGUCACCUGAAAAGGUUUGAUCACUCUCCUUGUGACCCAACAGUCACAUUGCAUGGACCCCCAAAUAAUGCUGUUGCCUGUGUGAUAUGCUGCAAAAGAUUUUCCACCUUACAGCAGUACACUGAUCAUCUUUUAUCUAAGCUAAACGAAAAUGACGGACAUAAAAAAGAUCUCCCUCCACAGCACAUUCAGUGUUUUGCAUGCCCCCAGUGCUUCCUCCUCUUCACCAAAAGAGAUGAGUGCUUGCAGCAUAUGUCAGGAAAGAAGCACUUCCUACAGGUUUAUGAAUUGCUUGAAGAAAAGAAGGAUGGCUUUCCUCUGCCUUUCCCAUCAUAUGCAAAGAAACUGCUGAUAUCUCUCUGCAAAGAGGUCCCCUUCCAAGUGAAGUGCAUAUCCUGCUCCCAGUUACUGCGCUCACACAUGGAAUUAACAGCUCAUUUCAGAACACGUUGUCGUAAUUCUGGCCCCGUGGCGCUGUCCAGGAAGAGCAUCUCCCAGAUUGCAGGGGUGUUUAAGACAAAAGGUCACUGUGAGGGCUGUGAUAAGCUGCUUGCUGAUGAGAAGGAGAUCACCGAGCAUAAGCAGAGCACUCAGCACAACGUUAAAGUUCAUGCUACAAUGGAAGAGUCCAUCUUGAUGUUCUGUCACAUCAAUGAAAAAAAUAAAGACUCAUCUCAUUUGAGCCACACUAUGGAUCGAUCAAGAACAUUGCUCAAGAGACAUUUGACGUCGAAUGAAUCAAUCAACGAAGGUGGUUCUCCUUCAAAACGGAAGAGUGAACUGCCAGAUAAGAACGAAGAUCACAUAGGAAACCAAAGUCAAAGUAAUGCUAGCAAGGUAAAAGCCUGGUUUUGUGAAUGCCUUCAGAAGUUUUUUACUGAAGAGGCAGUAGAAAACCACAUUUUGUCAGCAAAUAGGAUCUGUCACAAGUGUGCCGUGUGCGGAAAGCUUGCUGAAAAUUCAAGCAUUAUCCACCUGCAUAUGAGCCGAUUCCAUGGGGGAGCACACUUGACCAACUUUCUCUUCUGGUGCAGAGCAUGCUCUGUAGAUCUCCUCAAAGAAAAGGAUAUUAUGAGGCACGUGACUGAACGUCAUGGUGGACAUAGUUACUAUUACGAGCAAGAAGCUCUAGCAGAUGAACCUGUGCCAUCAGUUUCUGACACCGCAUGCAUUUACAGCAGUGAAAGGAAAGACCGCACUCCCAGUCCUAUGGAGCUGUCCCCUGAAAAAAGUCCUGUUCUGGGAAAAUGGCAAUGCCGCAUUUGCGAGGAGAUGUUUGAAUCUGAAGACAGUGUUAAACAGCACUGCAUGUCCCUAGAAAGCCACGCGUUUCACAGGUAUUGCUGUGGGUUAUGCAAAAGCCACUUUCGGAAAGUAGGGACACUGCAGCGACACUUCCAAGAGCAUCAUAAUGAAGAGAUACAAAUUAAAUUCUUCUGUGGCCUUUGUGGUAAUCUCUUCUUUGACAAGGAGGAAGAAUUCCUAAUCCAUUAUAAAGAGCUUCAUAGCAUGGACUAUGCGUUUGUGCCUGAACAGAUGGAAGUAUCGAUAAAAGAAGACGAUGACUUCCUCCCAGUAGAAAAGGGAGAGCGUUUAACCUGUGGCUGCCGGACCAGUUACACCUCCAAAAUAAACAGGAGGAAUGACUACGUGAAUUGUCAGAAAGCCAUGCUGCAAAAAGGAAACUUAUGGUUUCGCUGUUGCUUCUGCUCCAAAACUGCACAGAACAUCACCGAUCUGAACAGUCAUCUCAACUGCCACGCGUCAGUGAAAAGUAAGCAAGAGAUGUAUGUUGUCAGGUGUGCUGCGUGCAACAAAAACUUUGACGAUCUUCAGAGCGCGCAUCAACACUAUCACAUGAAACACUGCUUCUUGCAGAAACCUGAUAUAUCAGAUCUAACGCCGGAAUUGGAAAAUACGGUGUUCAAGUUCACAGCAAGCGGGGCUUGCGUGGACAAAAAGCCCCACGAAUCAAAAUUGCAUGCAUAUCCGUCCAAGACUCAGGAAAAACCACAAUCUCCUCCUCUGCAGGGACCAUUCCCUGUAAAGAAAGAAAAAAAAGAAAACUCUGCACACUGUGAAGAGCCCGGUGAAGACAGUGAACUUCCUGACCUUGACUACCUGAGUACCAUGACUCACAUUGUGUUGGUGGAUCUGGACAACUGGGGAAACUUAUUCACGCAGCUGCCAGCCAACCUGAACCAAGGGACAUUUAUCUGGGGCUUUCAAGGAGGACACAGCAACUGGAAACCUCCAGUGCAGUGCAGAAUUUAUAAUUAUCUUAAGAGGAUUGGAUGCUUCUUCCUUCAUCCACGUUGUGGUACCAGAAGAGAGGCAGCAGACUUUGCUCUCUGUGUUCAUGCUGGUCGUCUGGAUGAGCACUUGCCCAAGCAAAUUCCUUUCACUAUACUUUCCGGAGACAAAAGCUUCCUGGAACUGGAAACUCAGUUUAAGAUGACUCAGCGGUCAGCUCGCAUCCUAAAUCCCCACCACAUUGAAGGAGACAUGAUGUGUGCCUUGCUAAAUAGCAUUUCAGAUACCACAAAAGAUAGCGAAGAGGAUGAAGAUAUGGAACUGACAGUGACAAGGAGCUUAGAAGAAAAAAAGAAACAGGAAGAGGAAGAUGCAGAAUUGGAAGAAGCUAUCAAGAGAAGCCUUGAGGAGAUGUAAAUGAAGAUACUUCCGUACACUAACACCGUGUCAUCAAAGCUGCUCACAAAAAUGGAAGCUUGUUCAUCUAUUUACAGAGGUUUAGAAAUACUGCUUCAAAAACAUGUCUGUAUCUUGAAUUGUUAGAUUUAUAACCUUAUGUUCUCUGUCGUGCUGAUGAAUAGCUGGAGUUUAUGGAUAUCUGCUGCAAUAUAUUGUGUAUGAUAAGAGUAAAUUUUUAAGUCUUUUCGUUUUCUGUUUCUGGUGGGUGAUGACUAAGUCUCACCAGUCCAGCUGUAUAAGUUGUUGCCUAAUUAGUAGGCUGGUCUUACUAUGUGUUUUGGUUUCUGUUUUGUUUGUUUUUCUAAUUAUUAAUGGGUUCUGGUAUUUAAUUCUUCUGUCACAAAACGUCAUCAUCUUCAUUUACUUUUCCAUGUGGUCUUUGCAACAGAUACAAGUAGUAAACUCCAGUUAUCUCAGACUGACUUGCCUAGCUGAUCUUGUUAUAAAGAGAAGCUUAGUCCCCAGAUUUAUGAACUGAACAUAUGGUCUGACUCUUGUCUGUGGACAGUCUUGCCUUGAUCACAAUUUUGUCUAUGGGACUGUUUGCUGUAAAUGGCAAAAUCAGGACCACAGACUGUACAGUUAGUUUCUGUUAGCUUUAUUUUUUAUAAACGUGUGUAUUUUUCAAUGACAGCAUGGUGCAGUGCUGGAUUUGAUGGCUUAAAGUUUGACAGGUUUGAUACCUCUCCCUGAUUUAAGGAAGGAACAGAUCUAAGUGGACAGAAGCUAAAUAAAACUUCCAGUUCCUGUUUGAAAUAGAUGUGAAAGAAUUUAAGACGAGUCAAUCCUAUACACUGGUUCUCUUUUCUCCUUUCUGCUCAUGAAGAGGUGGCCUUGGAUAAAGUAAUUGUGUUCAUUAUUUUUGUACUGUCCUUAGUUUUUAGGUGAAUAAUUCUUUCUGUGUCUAAAAUUAAGCUGUCUGUGCCACCUUUCUCAUUUCCUUCUUUAAAAAUACCUAUGCAAGAUGUCCAGCUUUAUGAGCUUAUUCUACUCUAAGGAAUAAUUGUUGUCAAUCAGUAAGAAACCUUGAUGUAAUAAAAUGCCAGCUUUUUUUUAAUCAUGAGCUUGUGAGUUUGCUUGCAACUGCUGUGAAUCUAAAUGCUUAUUAUGCAAAAGAAUACUUAUUUUUGGAGAGUGAAAAAAGGGGAAAGCUGGAUUUUACUUGCUGCCAGCUCCAAAGAGUCAAACUAACUAAAGCUGUGUGCCAUCAUGGCUAGAAAAGCUGGAAAGUGGAUGUUCUUUUAUUUCUGCUGCUUGCUGGCUCUCAGACAAAUAACUCACCAGAUUCAUUAAUUUUAUCUCAGAACUUGUUAGCAAUCACACAGCUUGAAGAAACCAUUCAGACCCCAGAAAAUUGCUUGAAUGCUUCCAGUCCAUCGGCUCUGACACCGAAGUGCUACAGAUUGAACGGAACCUUGUGAAGUUUUUCCACUGUGCCUGCUGCUUGCUUUUCUACUAUAAAGCUUGAAUUACUAACACUCCUGUUCAAAUUUGGGGGUGUAGUACCAUACUGCUGCCGAGGAAGCUCUAUUCUGGAAGACUUUGAGUUGCCUUUAGCUAAUGACUCAAGCUAAAUCAAUUUCUCAAAUUUUCACACCAAGUUCUUCUUAUAUAAGGUGGAAUGAGGCAGAAAACUUUCAUCCUCAAAAUCUUCAUAGCCCAGAUUAGAGACUUGUGGAAGUUUUGUUUGUUUGUUUGUUUUUCAGCACAGACAGUGAAGUUGCAAAUUCUUUUCACAGAAAGAGAUGCUUCAGCUUGAGAAAGUUCUCUGCUUGACUCAACAAAUGUUUACAACCUUGGUGGACAGUCUUCUCCUGAGUCUACUACAGUUGGUUUUGAGCAUAAACUUUAUUCUUCAUAAUAUUUUAUUCUGCCAUAAAAUUUAAGGUUGUUUGUGCCUGAUAGGCCUUGACUUAAUCAAAUGCAUUAAAAAAAAAAA